AUGGACUAUGAGUCUGAUAGCCAAUGGCACCACCUUCGGACCAUCUCAGACCUCCCGACAUAUAGCUGGGAUCAUUCAAAAUCUUACUGGCAUGAGUCACGCGUCAGUAGGCAGCACCGACUACGACAGCACCCUUACCACGAUCUUUGUGGUAUUCGGUCACUUGACGACACAACUUCGGAGCCAAGGUGGCGACACAUCCUCAAUCUUGAAACCCUUCCCUGGUUACAGGACCACCAGGUGGAUGGUGUGAUUGUGUUCCCAGGAGCUGGGUAUAUUGCAAUGGCAAUCGAAGCAGCGACCCAGAUUACCCAUACACGAAACAAGGAGGGAAAGAUCAGGAAGUAUAUCCUCAAGAAUGUGCAAUUUGAGACCUUGCUGGAGAUACAAGAUCCCAACUCUAGCGUGGAACUCCAUAUGAGCUUUAGAACCAGCUCGACCUUGAAAAGUGAAAGUGGCCACGGGUCCUGGGAAGAAUUCCGUAUUGCCUCCGUUAAGCUUGACGGUUCGACGACACAUCAUUGCAGUGGCUUCAUCGGCGUUGAGUUCCACCAGAAUGAGGAGCCUCUUGAGAAUUUGAAUAGCCUUGCCUCCAGUCCAGAAACUCAAAUGAGGGCGGAAUAUAAUCGGCUUCUACAGGAUGAGGAGCAUCAGCCGUGGAACGUUGAGGCUCUCUAUCAAGGAUUGAAAAACUGUGGGCACUACUGGGGUCCAACAUUUGCAAUGAUCAGAAAUUUCAAUAUCGGGAAAUGUGCUGGAACAGGAACAGUGACUGUUCCAGAUAUCGCUGAGUGCAUGCCGAGUCAGUUCUUGCGACCUCAUACGAUCCACCCCGCUACCCUAGACGCCCUGAUUCACUCUACACUCAUUAUUUUCAGUCGACAGUGUCAUCGCAGCGUUAUGUUUCCCGUUGAAAUCGGAGAGCUAUCCAUUCGGGCGGACGUGCUACGAUCCCCUGGCGAAAAUAUUGCUUUCUCGGCACUGAUCGAUCCAGAGGAUCAACUGGAAGAAUCAACUAUGAAUGUGAUCGCUUGGAAUAUUAAGCAACAUGGUGGCCUAGAAGAAGCUGCUGUUAUACUGAAAAACGGCAAGCUGCGAGGGACGGAGAACGUCGCGCUGAGACAGGACAAGCUAUCCGGUUCGACUGGUCUAUUUUCUCGGUUACAGUGGAGAAAUGACAUCUAUACCUCUCCACCUACCGCGUGCAUGGAAAGUAAACCAAAACGAAGUCUUCUUGGAAGCACUCCAGCGGAGCUCACAUUGGCUCUGAAUAGUGCUGCAUUAAAUCUUGUCAAAUUCGGCAUCACACAAAUACAAAUCUCUGGAGGUGACGUGGCACCUCAACAUGUGCAGUACUAUGAUUGGAUGAAGUCGCUUGUUCAUACGGAAAUCCAUGAUACAUGGGGCCAGAAUGCUUCCAUUAAGUCUAUCCAGAGAUCUGUGGAAGAAAUGAGCGUGGAGGGUACAGCAUUGGACACCAUCAAAUCUCACAUUCUUCCCAUUCUGCAAGGCAAAACACACGCUGUAUCUUUGUUAAUGGAGAAUGGCCUUCUGGAUCGCCUGUACUCUAGUGACUGGUCUGCAGCUGCAUGCCUUCCAAGUGUCAUUAGUUAUUUUGAACAUUUAGCCUUCAAGACCCCUGGUCUUAGCAUUAUUGAGAUUGGCGCAGGAACUGGCGGUGCUACACUCCCAUUGUUGGAGGCUAUAUUCCCCCAAGCAAGGAACUCCAGUUUCAAAAACUAUCAGUUCACCGAUAUCUCAUCUGGUUUUUUCCCGGGGCAAAGGAACUUCUCUCCCGAUGGAGCUCAAUCCUGA